CAGCUCUGUACAGAUUUUUCUCGCCGCCAUUAUUGUGUAAUCAAGAGCGAAACGUGGUUAGCUGAAGUAUCCACCGUAAAUUAAUUAAACAUGGGUCGUAUGCACGCUCCCGGCAAGGGUAUUUCCCAGUCAUCAUUACCAUACAGAAGAAGUGUUCCAUAUUGGCUUAAACUGUCUUCUGAUGAUGUGACUGAACAACUUUGUAAGCUAGCAAAAAAAGGUCUUACACCUUCUCAAAUUGGUGUUAUUUUGAGAGAUUCACAUGGUGUUGCUCAAGUUAGGUGGGUCACUGGCAACAAGAUUUUACGUAUUUUGAAGGCUAAAGGAUUCGCCCCUGACCUUCCUGAAGAUCUCUAUCACCUUAUCAAAAAAGCAGUUGCAGUAAGGAAACAUUUAGAAAGAAACAGGAAAGACAAAGACUCCAAAUUUCGUCUUAUUCUCAUUGAAAGCAGAAUUCACAGACUUGCCAGGUAUUUCAAGGCCAAAAGAGUGCUCCCACCCAAUUGGAAAUAUGAAUCUUCUACUGCUUCUGCCAUGGUUGCAUAAAUGUAAUGUAUAAAUAAAGUUUUGGCAAGAAA